AUGAAAACCACAAUGAAUUUUGUUUUUCUUUUUUUCCUCCCUCUCUUGAUUAAUGCAAAACCAAAAAGAGUCACUCUACAUAUCCCUCUUGUGCAUAAUGGUGCAAACUUUUAUGACAGCAAAGUUGUUUCUCUUCCACUCUCGUCACCCCACUCCCAGCGAGGGCUAGCGUUCAUGGCCGAAAUUCAUUUUGGCUCCCCUCAAAAGAAACAAUUUCUUCACAUGGAUACGGGUAGCAGCCUCACAUGGACUCAAUGCUUCCCUUGCUCCGACUGCUAUGCCCAGAAGAUUUAUCCAAAAUACCGACCAGCAGCUUCAAUAACAUAUCGCGAUGCGAUGUGUGAAGAUUCCCAUCCAAAGUCCAAUCCGCAUUUUGCAUUUGAUCCUUUGACGAGAAUAUGCACCUACCAGCAGCAUUACUUAGACGAAACCAACAUCAAAGGAACACUAGCGCAAGAAAUGAUUACAGUAGAUACACAUGAUGGUGGGUUCAAAAGGGUGCACGGUGUGUAUUUUGGAUGCAACACGUUAAGCGAUGGUUCUUAUUUUACAGGAACAGGCAUAUUGGGCCUCGGGGUUGGAAAGUACUCCAUAAUAGGCGAGUUUGGCUCCAAGUUUUCCUUUUGUCUUGGUGAGAUAAGCGAACCCAAAGCUUCUCACAACCUAAUCCUUGGCGAUGGUGCAAACGUACAAGGACAUCCGACGGUAAUAAAUAUUACGGAAGGUCACACUAUCUUUCAAUUGGAAUCCAUUAUUGUUGGCGAGGAAAUAACCUUGGACGACCCAGUCCAAGUAUUUGUUGACACGGGCUCGACGCUGUCUCAUUUGUCCACAAAUUUGUACUACAAAUUUGUGGAUGCGUUUGACGAUCUUAUAGGCAGCAGACCUCUUUCGUAUGAACCAACGCUGUGCUACAAAGCGGAUACCAUAGAAAGGCUAGAGAAGAUGGAUGUCGGUUUUAAAUUUGAUGUAGGAGCUGAGUUGAGCGUAAAUAUUCAUAACAUAUUCAUACAGCAAGGUCCCCCUGAAAUUCGAUGUUUGGCGAUCCAGAAUAACAAGGAGUCCUUUUCACAUGUCAUCAUUGGGGUUAUAGCCAUGCAAGGAUACAACGUGGGAUAUGACCUCAGCGCAAAAACUGCUUAUAUUAAUAAACAAGAUUGUGAUAUGUAG